AUGACACCAGUCGCGACCUCUCUGAGCUUCAACUUGGUCUUUUCCACUCCACCUAACUUCCAAACUCCCACUGCAGCCAUAACGCCAGCUAGGAUGAGAAGAAGGAGGAAGAACGAGCUACCGUUAUUACCUUCUUCUGCUUUGUUCGAACCACCGGAAGAAGAGGAGGAUGAGGAGAGGAGAGGAGUUGGUGUUGCAACAGCUGGUGCUGCUGGAGCGAGAGCUUUGGCUGCGGCUGGAGAAGCAGCCUAUGACGAGCAAGGGGUGGCAGACACAGACGAAGAAGAGAGGGGGAGAGAAAAAGAUGUUCUAUUUCAAUAUUGCUGUUCUCUUUUUGACAAAGCAAAGAGAUUCCCAUUCCCCUUCGCAAACGAGCGCAAGUGGCGCCACCCUACAUCAUCCCACCAGCAAGUCUAG